UUUUACUUUUGCUCUUAUGGUUAAAAUCUCGCCUUGUUAUCCUCUUAAGUAUGUUUUAUUGUAAAUUAUUAUCAUAUGUAAACAAUUUCGCCAUAUCUCUUCCUCUGUUUGUCUGUUGGAGUGUUGCCUUCUCAAUUUCGCUUCUUGUCUCAUCCAUCCCUCUCCACCUUCCUUUUACGUCACCGAAUCCUUGCUCAGUUACCCCCAUUGAAGUCUGAAAAAGAAUCCAAAAGAUCAAGGGAUGCUGAGCUCAUAGGUGUGAACAAUCUGCUGUAAAAACCUCCACACUGUAAAAGAUGAUUCCAAAGCCACUGCGCACACUUGUAACUGGCACUGCCAUCAUCUUGGGUGGCGUACUUGCUCUCAACAUCACUUCCUCUAUUGCUGUUAACGCACUUCGUUUUGCCACUGAUCUCAAACUGAGAAGAGUUGCGUUGCCUUGUGGGGCUUGUAGAGGAAAGGGGUUUUACAUAUGCAAGCUGUGCAAAGGGAAUGCUAGCAUACACUGGUCACCUUUGUACGACCCUGUUGCUAUCAAUCCUUGCCUUUGCCCUACUUGUGAUGGUAACAGAGUACAGCGCUGUCUAAACUGCCUUGGGAAGGGCUACAAUUGAUUUGUCAGAUGUUAAAUACUGUUUGUACUUAUAUUUGAAUGUCUCAUUUCACAAGCUUCUAGCCCCAACUGCAUUAGAGGGUAUACAUCUCUAUUUUCUAACCAAA